AAGUAGCCUGAGUUUGGAUGACUUCCGGACCACACAGAAGAGAGGAGAAUCAUUUGGAAUCAGCAGAAUAGGCAACAAAAUAAAAGGUGUAUUCAAGAGUUCUGCAAUGGAAGGAGCUAUGUUGCCCAACUAUAACUUAAAUGAAGAAGAUGACUUUAUUGAAGAAGGCGUUAUGGUGAUGGAAGAUGAUUCUCCUGAGGAGGCUGUUAGUACCCCAAAUACACCCCGCAACCUUGCCGCAUGGAAAAUUAGCAUCCCAUAUGUAGAUUUUUUUGAUGAUCCCUCUUUGGAAAGAAAAGACAGAAAGGAGAGAAUUCCUGUGUUCUGCAUUGAUGUUGAGAGAAAUGAUAGAAGGGCAGUUGGGCAUGAACCUGAACACUGGUCUGUCUACAGGAGGUAUCUUGAAUUUUAUGUGCUUGAGUCGAAGCUAACGGAAUUUCAUGGUACGUUUCCUGAUGCUCAGCUUCCCUCAAAGAGAAUCAUUGGCCCCAAGAACUACGAGUUCUUAAAAUCCAAGAGAGAGGAGUUUCAGGAAUAUCUGCAGAAACUUCUGCAACAUCCAGAACUAAGCAACAGCCAGCUUUUAGCUGACUUCCUGUCCCCUAAUGGAGGAGAGACUCAGUUUCUUGAUAAAAUGUUGCCUGAUGUGAAUCUUGGUAAAAUUAUAAAAUCUGUUCCAGGAAAGCUGAUGAAAGAGAAAGGUCAGCAUUUGGAGCCAUUCAUCAUGAAUUUUAUCAACUCCUGUGAAUCUCCCAAGCCUAAACCAAGUAGGCCUGAACUUACCAUUUUGAGUCCCACUUCUGAAAACAACAAGAAGCUUUUCAAUGAUUUAUUCAAGAAUAAUGCAAACCGAUCUGAGAAUACAGAAAGACGACAAAAUCAGAACUACUUCAUGGAAAUGAUGACUGUAGAAGGAGUCUAUGACUACUUAAUGUAUGUUGGUAGGGUAGUUUUCCGCAUUCCUGACUGGCUGCAUCACCUCUUGAUGGGAGGAAGAAUUCUCUUCAAAAAUACAUUGGAAUUGUACACUGACUAUUACUUGCAUUGUAAGUUAGAACAGCUGUUUCAGGAGCACCGUUUGGUUUCUCUGAUAACACUGCUGAGAGAUGCCGUGUUCUGUGAGAACACUGAACCUCGCUCUCUUCAGGAUAAACAGAAGCGAGCAAAGCAGACUUUUGAAGAAAUGAUGAGAUACAUUCCAGAUUUAAUAGGCAAGUGCAUUGGGGAAGAGGCUAAAUACGAAGGCAUCAGGCUUCUGUUUGAUGGAAUGCAGCAGCCAGUGCUCAACAAACAGUUAACUUACGUUCUGCUGGAUAUUGGGAUUCAAGAACUCUUUCCAGAGCUGAGUAAGGGUCCGAAGGAAGCUAGCUCUGUGUCAUGUUGGAUGUGAAUGCAGAGACCUUGCCGGACACCCAGCAGAAACACCUGCUGUGCACUAUUGUAAUGGACAUGUGACAUUUUAACCUUGCAUUGUAUAUUUUCUUGUAAAUAACUUAAAAUUUAAGUUCUAAAAAAAUCUCUUUAUGCAAUAAAGACAUUAAAAUUUAAUACCAAUUACA